UGAUUGUAUCUUGACAGCUAUGACAGACUUUACAGCAAGACAUGUUACAAAAAUGCACUGUUUUGUCUGUAUUUAAUCAACAAUAUGCAACAUAGUAAAAAUAUCAGAUUGACAUUUGAAUUGUCUAAAUGAUAUGUUAUAUAAUGUGAUAUAGAUACACAAAGUUACUUUCAAAAGAAGAUCCUUUCAUUUCAGAUGCAAUUAAUAUUUAAACCUUCCUGAUGCAAGUUUUUGCGUGUUUACAUAUUUGAAUUUAUGUUUAAUAUUUGAAUUCUGGGACAGCAAUAAACAGAAGUAACUUUGAAAGUAGAAUUUUUAUAGGUGACAUUUUCUGCACUUAAUAGCCUAUACUUCUUGGGGGAAGUCAAAGUUAAGCCUUAUAUUAAAUCCAUGUCAAAUUGAAAGUGUUGAAAAAUUAUAAUAAGUAAACCAAGUGAAAAAUAUUAUGGUUAAAUAUUUGUACUACGAGCUUUGAAAAUGAAUUAGAUGUUUGAAUGUAGCCAGUCGUUUAUAUUAAUGGCUUUAGAUAUAUUAUACCACAGGCUACAAGGACGAAAAUUUUUCAUGGAUGGAGAACCUCUCGUUAUUAGAUAAUUGAAGUGUGUAGUAACAAAUGCAAUAUGUUUUAAGGUAACUUUGCUGUUAUAGCCUGUUAUUACCUAAAUUAGGAAAGUGUUAAAUUGCUUGAAUAGUUUAGGGAGUUUGAAGACGAAGAGGAAAUAGAUUAGUGGACCAUUAAAGUGUGCUAUCUAGACGAAUAAUUGAGACAUGUGAGAUACCAGUGGAUUAAUGCUGUUGAUUAACGAAGAAUGUUUUAUCAGUUUGGAGUAAACCUAUGUAUAUACAAUCAUGUACUUGGUAUCAGUAGGGUAAUUGUAUCUAAUGCAUAUCUAGUUGCAAACAGGGCAUUUAUUGAAGGCAUUAGAGAGAUUUACUAAACUAUUAAAUGAAGAUUAUGCCUCUUGAAUCAUUAAACAGUUCUGAUAAUCGUAUCAUUGAUAAUGAUUCACCUGUUGUAUCGGAAGUUGAACUUGGAAUUGCUAAGCUGAAUAGGGUGUCCCAUCAUGAGUACCUGAGAUGUGCAAAAUACGUAAAUCCUUUAGUGCGUCAACUCUCUGCGCCAGGCACUCCAUCUGCCAUUGAAUCUCCAGCCAUUUAUAACCGGAAUAGUCUGAUUAUUCUAGAUCCGGAAAUUGUAGAGAGUGAUACAGAGCAGGAUGUGUACGAGUCAGAACUAGAAAGUAGUCUUGAGAACGCUCUUGAACUAGAUGGAAUGGAUGAGUCAGAUACAACCCUUUCUGACAAAGAUGAUAGAAAUGACAGUGACAAAGAUGAUAAUUUGAGCGGCAGCAUGUCCAGUAUAAAAGGUGAAAUAGAAGAUGGCAAAAGUAGAAGUUAUGAGACAAGUAAAGAAAAUGAUGUUAAGACCAAAGAAACUGAAACUUACAGUGAUGAAAAAUAUGAAGAAAUAAAUCGUAAUGAAGCCAUAGUUAAAUAUAUAGAAGAUACGAAAGAAGAGAGGUUAAGAUCAGAAGUACAACUUCCUGAAAUUGAAGAUAAGUUAAUUCUGAAAACUGCAAAUGGCAAAGAAGUUGUAUUUAACACUGUAAAAGCUGAGGAAAGAGAAGAAAAGUUGAGUUCAGAAUUAGAACUUCUUAAAACUGAAGAUAUAGAAUCGGAUAUUUUACAAGCUUCUUUACAAGGAAAUACUGAAUCAGUUAGUAGUGAUCGGAAUAUGACAUUAUAUGUAAAAGAAAGUAGCUGUGAUAAACCAUUUGCUCAUAUGUGUGGCACAGAUGCUCAAAAUUUAACAGAUAAAACUGAUAUAACUAAAACAGUUACAGUAUCUGCUGAUUCUGAUUCAGAAACUGUUAACUCAGUUGCUCAGAUGAAAACUUCAAGUGGUAAUUUGGAGGAGGUUACUACAUACAAAUCAACAAGUUUUCUGAUUCUAAGUCCAAGCUCGGAACGCUCGGUUGUGGAAAGUUUUGGUAGAUUACGAGAGGAAGAAGAUGCUGUGGCAGUGGAACAGAAGACAGCAACAACAGAUGAAACAAGAAACAGUGUUCCAGAGGAAAAUGCCUUGAAAGUAAAUGGCACCAGUGACAUCAGCGAGAAUGGAAUAUCUGAAGAAGAUGCGGUGAGAGAUCCAAACAUUUUCCGCGAGACACACGAAAAGGAGGAGGUUCAUUUUGCUGAGAUGAACAGUGUCCGUGAAAAGUUUGAGUCUGGAGGAAAAUCAGAUGAGGAUCAAGCACCUCGUAGAGUAUCCGUCAAGGACGAGUAUGACCAAGGUGGUGAGUUCGAAAAUGAGCCAGUGCAGAAUCCUGAUGUUGUUAAAGAAACAGAUAGACCAAAAGAAGAAUUACCUGAAGUUGGCAGUGCAAAAAGUCUGGUAAAUCGGUUCAAAUCUAUUCAAGAAGAAAAAGCACAACCAGUAGCUAGCAGUAAACGGCCAUCACCACCUCGUGAUUCAGAAAAGGUUGAGUAUGAGAGUCAGCCAACAGAGCAUUUGCCACAAUACGAAGGACAGACUGAGUCUGGUGUUUUCGAAAGUGAACCAAAAGGUCAUGAAGAUGUUGUAAGGUCAGGUGACCUAGCAGAAGAUUAUAAACCAGAAGAAGGCUCGGCUAAAAACAUUUUGAACAAAUUUAAAGAGAUUCAGACUGAAUCAAGUCAGCACAAAGUACACGAAAAGCGUGAAAUUACACCGGAUAGGUCCGGUAAAGUGGAAUAUGUAAGUGAACCACGUGGGGAGCAUAUAGUAUACAAUGAAACACAAACUGAAUCUGGAGUGUUUGAAAAUGUGCCAAAAGAGGAAGAGGAUGUUGUUCGUUCUGGCGAAAAAGCAGAUGAAAUUUUACCAGAAGUCGGUAUGGCGAAGUCACUUCUGUCAAAAUUCAAGCAAAUGGAAACAGAAGUAGGUCAUAGGCCACCACCUUCACCUAACAAGGAGAAACCUAAAAAGGCAGAAUUUGUAAAUUCACCAAGGGGUUACCUAGAGAAAUAUGAGCCACAAGUAGAAGCAGGUGAGUUUGAGAAUAAGCCAGCUGAUAGAGGGGAGGUUGUUCGAUCAGAAGAUCAUACAGAAGAUAUCCUUCCAGAGGUUGGAAGUGCUAAGAAAACAAUGGAAAGGUUUCGUGAGAUACAGAAGCAGUCAAGUUCACCUGUAAGUUCAAAAGCAAAAGAAAUCACACCACCCAGAGAACAAAGCCCAGGUCGAAAUGUUGCAGGUGUUUUUGAGAAUACACCAGCUGAGAGAGAUGAUCUAGUUAGGUCCGGUGAGGUUCAACCAGACGAAUUACCAGAGCAAGGUACUACUAGGAACAUUCUUAAUAGAUUCAAAGAAAUUCAAACAAGUGGGUCACAGUCUAGUUCACCUGGUAAAAAACCAAAAGAAUUCACUCCUCCACCAGAGGCAGGUGUUUAUGAAAACAAUCCUCAAGAACAUUUAAUAAUUGAAACAAGGCAAGCGGAGAGUGGUAUAUUAGAAAGCACACCAAGUAAAUCGCAAGCUGAUGUAGCUAGGGAAAGGGAAGCAACCCCAGAAUCUGAACUUCCUGAGCAAGGAUUUGCGAAAAAUCUUGUCUCUCGAUGGAAACAACUAGAAUCAACUUCCAGUAGUGCCAAAUCAACAUCAUCCACGUCGCCUAGGUUUAAGGAGUUUACACCUCCGAGGGACAGUAGGGGUCCGUUGAGUCCCAAAUCCCCAGCGGGCGUGACUAAUGGCGUUCAUCCCAGUGAUCUCCCAGGACAGUACCAGCCACAAGAAUCUACAGUCAUUCAUGAAAAUAAACCGGAAGUAAAAGAAGAUGUGUAUCGUGAGGCUGACACAGACUGGACGGAUGGAAUGCCGGCACCUAAUACAACAUCUUCGAUGCUUCAGAGAUUCAAAAGUAUUCAAGAAGAAGCAAAGAUAAAUGAAAAGACCCCUGAACCGAUUCAUAGAAAGGACGAUUCCCAACCCCCUCAACCAGACACCGAGGAAAAGGGAAUGUUCAAAGUCGUACAAACUGAAAAGUGUGCAGCAUGUCAGAAAACAGUGUAUGCAAUGGAAAAACUCGAGAUGAACGGCCAUAUUUAUCAUAAGAAUUGCUUCAAAUGCUCGCAUUGUAGUGCACGAUUAACGGCAAAAACAUUCAGCAUGAAUGAAGGCGUUAUAUACUGUGUAAACCACUUUAAACAGCUUUUUGCACGCAAAGGAAAUUACGAUGAAGGAUUCGGAAGACAGCAGUAUAAGAAGAAAUGGCAAGGAGAUAAACCAGAGGGUGCUACCGCAUAGCUUUUUUAACAAUUAUCAGUGUUAGAUGUAUAUUUUUGUUGAAUGUAGCCUAGGCAUUUUUUCCGUAUUUUUUUUGUGUAAAUGUUUUGAAACUGUUGUUAGAGUGAUCUCUUUUUGAUUUAAGAAGUAAAAGAGUUAAUUCCCUUGGAGAUAUGCUCAAUGAUUAGACAGUUAGUAACAUAAUGUACUGUUGUCUCACAUUCGAUUUUAAAGUUAUUUGUUGACAGAUAAAGUGAACAUUUCCAGUUUUGACAUUUAAAUGUAUUUACUUUAAUACAGAAAUAUUAAAAGAAUUGAAAGCAAAUUAUAUAAAUACUUGUGUGGAACAUUAUUUUGUCAGUUGAAGUGCUUCUGCACCUGUGAACCUACAGACGGAUAUUAAAAAAAAUUCUUGUGACUAAUGUUAAGAUUACAGUGCAUCCGCCCAAGCAAACAGUAUAGCAACAACUAAAAUAUGUUUGCUUUACAGUGGAUGUUGCUGUUGGACGUUUAGUUUCAGUAUGUUAGAAAACAUCUGCCAUUGGUAUACUAUAUUUCUCAGUUUCACUAAAACUCUGUGAACAGGUUGCUUUAAGUUUGGACUGCUAUUGACGUAUGGAGAAUAAGUAUUACAAAAAGAUCAUGUGAUGAUAUGUAACUGUGUAAAGUAUUAUAACAAUGUUAAUCAACAAAAUCUCUUAAUUGCGUGAGAUUGUGUGUGAAUGAUAAAUAUAUAUGUAUUUUGUAUUUGAUAUUCAGAAAAAUCCACUAAUUCUUAAUCAUGAACAAAGUUAGUUUUGGUUUUAAAUGAAUUCAGUGUCAUUAUGUAAAUGAAUUCUUGUUGCCUUAUUUCUCAUUGUAUGUAAUUCAUUCAUUAUGUAAAAAUAUCCAUAAUUACGUAUGUACAUUUAUACAUGUCAGACAUUAGUGAGAUGUGACGGAUCGUGUUUGCUUCAGAUGACCAGUUUUCUUUUUAUACCAAUGACUCUCUUAACUUACCUAGAUUUUCGACUACAUGUAUACUAACAUGUGUUAAUUUGAAUAUUUUACCCAAUUUUCGACUUCAGCAUAAAGUAUGCAAAAUGAUAUUCAAAAAAGGCCUUGUAGCUGAGGAAAAAUUUAAAAUGGCACACAGGAAAUAUGCCUAAAAAUGUGUUAACAGCCAUAUUAAAACUAUUAUAGUUGUAUUGUUGAAAUUUAUGAUUAUUACAGAGAAUCAUUAACUUUGAAAGGUACGCCGGAGUUGUUUUUGGAAAAUUCAUACCUGUUUUCACUUAAUUUUGAAUAACUGUUUGUUUUUCUAGAAAUAUAACAAAACAACCGAAAUAGGUGGUUGGCAGUGAUAUAAAACUGGUUAGAGUUUGAAAUAUUAACUGUAUACCUGUGGAAUACUGGUAAAAGUGUUUCAUAUAAUAAAGGCCCACAAUUUCUGCUGACUAGGUAUAGUUUUAAAGAGAAUGAAUUCUGGUGUGUAUGCGUUUGUAAUAUUUUGUGAAAGAUAACUGAGUGAUGUUUACAAAUCAUUUUAAUUUUACAGUUAUGUUUUAUUAUUACAUCUUGCCAGCAAUACAUUUGUAAGUUAUAUAUGCAAUUUAAGUCUUGAGUGUUGAAAAUGAAUAUUCUCACAGACAAGUCUGUCUUAGUCAUAACUUCAUAAGUCGCACCCUAUGUUUAAUGACUGAUACAUAUUUUUGCAUCAGUCAUUACCCAUAUAAAAACUUGAAAAAAAAUUUCAUUGAAUUUUGAUUGGGGAACUUUUACAUGAGAAUUAUACUACCAUAGAAAAGGUUAUAUGAGUAAUGAUUUGUAGUAUGCAAUCGUUAAACUGAGAUCUAUUUUGAAAAAUGUGCUUUGUAUAUGAUGACUUAUAAUAAUCGGAUAUUAUGAAGUUUUACAGGUAAAUGAAAGUAUUGAUGUAAACAUCAAAUGAGAUUUAGAAAUUCAUUUUAAAGAACUUUUGAAUCAAAAAUGUUGUUAUAGAAACACAGAUAAAUAUAGCAUGGAUUUUGUUUUUCUUACAUAAACUCAUUAGUUUGUGAUAAUUGAAUUGUAAAUCAAAAGGACUCUUAAUGGGCCAGUACCAAUUUUCAUUUUUGAUAUUCUGUUUUGUUUUGUGCUAGAUUAGGCACUUAAGUUUAAGUACAUGUAAUGGGUUGAUUUAGCUGAGCACAGUUAUGAAAACAAAAUCUAACAUUGCAUUUUCUGUUGUUACCUGCAACAUUUGUUUUUUGCAAACAUGAACAUUUUGAAAGCUAAGACUUCUUCCUUCUUCUGUCAGUAGAUUCUCUUUAUUUAUAAAUCUUCUAUUAAGGUAGAAUUCCCAUAAUCACAGAGGACAAUUUUCAUGAAAUUACGUAUUAUAAUUAGCUAAUUCGGCAUCCUUUGGCCAUAAGGGAAAAUUAUUUUUCAUAACCAGCAGAGAAUGCUGAAAGCACAUACGGGGAAUAGUAAUUGAAUGAACAUUGCCAUUAACAUUAUGUGUCCGCAACCUUAAUUUAGAAAAACUUGCUAUUUUAAGACUAUAGUAAGUGAAAUAUCAUCAAGAAAAACACUCUUUAUUGUUAUUUCUAACGCAUAUCUUUUUAAUUUAUUUUUAUUGCAUUUAAAACAUUAUACUUAGCAGUAUUUGAUAAACAUUGUACAAAAUAGAAUGUGUGAGAAGACUGAACUCUAUUGUUGCCAUGGUUUUUACUGUGUAUUGUGCUAUAUUAUUUUUGCUGCUUAUUUCAUUCAUUUUCUGCAUAUUUUCAUGUACUGUGUAUAGCUAAAUGUAACUAUUUAUAACACAAUUAUCAAUGUAUAACAUACUGCUAUGUAUAAGUGAUAUUUUUUAAAUUUUCAACAUUUUUAUUUUUUUGUCGUCUGCCUUUAGACAACAGCAGCUGUAGAUCAAAGCUUGAGUCUUUCGAAGAUUCUUAAUGGAUUUAGUUUUUUGUGUACAUUUUCAUAACUUUGAGCUUAACCAACAACUAGCUUUUUUUUGUCAGCUGAACAAAUGCUGGAUAAGUAGCUGCUACACAACAUAUUUAUGCAAUCAUUCUGUUUCUGUUACCGGAAGUUUUUUCAGUCUUGAAAAUUUAACAAGAUAUUUGUGGCUUGUAUGUCAAGUGAGUUGAUAUUAAAACUUUUUUUUUGUCGUUAUUCAAAAUAAUUUUUAAAGGGACCUGCCUCCAGAUGUGCAUGCCAGUAUCAGCAUGUCUUUAAGAUAAUAGCAACAUCUUCCUAAGUAUCAAAAAUUAUAUGAAAAGCAAAAUUUGUUCAAGUUUAAGUCCGUUCUACUGCAUGAGUAAUGCAUAAGAUAGCAUUCUAUGUCUGCCUAUGUUUCUGACUGCACAAGUGGAAUAACUUGUAGUUUAUUGUCUGAUAUACCAUGGUUCAGAGUUCAGAUGCAUAGGAAUUUAACCUUGACAGCAUUCAUCAAAGUUGUUGAAUAUCCUAGUAUCUGAAUGGUGAAUUGUGGUAUAUAAGGCUAAAAACCAGAACCUUGUUUGUUUUCAUUCUGAUAUGCUCAUAAGAAAUACUAUGGUUAAUAUGCUGAAAGUCAUUCAUCUGAAAAUUAAUCAACCAGUCUGACUGUUGUUUAUCAUAGAUUUUAUCACUGUUCUAUUCCUCUUUGUUUAAAUGACAAAGAAAUCCAGCCAUGUUAGAACUUGUAAAUAAAUACUGCCUAGAACUUUUGCUUUUAUAGUCUGUUAAGAAUUAAAGUGCUUUGUAAAUUUCAGUGUAAAAAAAAUGUAAAUCUGGAGGUGUGCCCCUUUAAAGAUGAUUUGAUAUAUCCUAAUUGUAAUACUAUUGCUCUUUUAUCAGAUCAGCAGGGAUAAUUAUCAAAAUAAUGUUGAUAAAAUGAUGUUAAGAAAAGUUUGAGGGGCUUAAGAUAAUGGCAGGAUGUUGCAGAAGUCUGGUACAUGUAAUACUGUGAUGAAUACUUUCUUGUCCUGGCUUGUAGCUACAGCAAUCUUCUAUACUUAGAUAUAAAAGCAUCAUUGGCAAAUAAAAUGCUGUAAAAUGUGAACAA